GAUGGGGCGGCCGGAGCGGCUUCUGUGGGUCGCCCGCCUGGCCCUGUGGGGCAGCACCUGCGCCUGGCUCCGCGGAGCCCAAGCGAAGACCAUCCAAGGGGGCUUCUCCAGCGCAGCCGCCGCCGCCGCCGCCAGGACCGGGCAGGCGGUGGCGCAGUUCCAGUUCCAUGGUGAUUGUGCUCUUCUGUAUGUCAGAAUCCACAACGUAGCCACAGCUAUUGGAAAGGAAGCCCGGCUUCACCUGUUUCAAGCCCAAGAAUGGCAGAAGCUGCAAGGAAGCCCCCCGGGUUACAGCUGCACAGAAAAACUGUCCAAGGCUCCAUUGAUAAUGAACAUGAACAGCACGGAACAAAAUCUGACGGUGUCCCAGAUUCCAUAUCCAGACACGUGGUACGUGUUCUACGUCGACAAGUUCACCUGCGUGGAGAAUUAUGAGCAUUCUGACUUGGAGGACGUUCAGUUUGAAAUGGUAAUCCUGAACCCAGACGCAGAAGGGAAUCCGUUAGAUCACUUCAGUGCGGGGGAGUCUGGCCUGCAUGAGUUCUUCUUCCUGCUGGUCCUGGCGUACUUUGUCGCCGCUUGCAUCUAUGCUCAGUCCCUGUGGCAAACGCUAAACAAAGGAGGACCGAUGCACACGGUACUGAAGGUCCUCUCCACCGUGUUGCUGUUGCAGGCCGCCUCGGCUUUUGCUAACUACUUGCAUUUUUCAAGAUAUGCUAAAAACGGAGUGGGAGCACCUUUUAUGGGAAGCCUAGCAGAGUUGUGUGACAUAAUCUCUCAGAUGCAGAUGCUGUACCUACUGCUGAGUUUGUGCAUGGGAUGGACCAUAGGCAGAAUGAAGAAAUCUCAGAGCAAACCUCUCCAGUGGGACUCCACUCCGACGUCCACGGCCAUUGCAGCAGUAGUGGUUGCAGCGCAGUGUUUCUUGUUAAUCUGGGAGCAGUUUGAAGACACUAACCACCACAGCUAUCACUCGCACCAGAGCGUAGCAGGCGGACUUCUCAUUGGCUUGAGAAUUUGCCUGGCUUUGUCACUAGGCUGUGGUCUUUACCAGAUCAUCCGAACAGAGAGAAGCACACUUAAAAGGGAGUUCUAUAUCACUUUUACAAAGGGCUGCGUUCUGUGGUUUCUGUGUCACCCCUGUCUUGUAUCCAUAUCUCUAAUGUUUAGAGACUACCAGAGAGAGAAGAUAAUUACCAUUGGUGUUAUCCUCUGCCAGUUGUUCUCCAUGGUCCUCCUGUACCGGCUUUUCGUUUCCCACAGUCUGUACUGGGAAGUGUCUUCGCUCUCAUCAGUGACAUUGCCACUCACUGUAGCAUCUGGACAUAAAAGUCGACACCACUUCUGAGACACAAUCUGGGGAAGGUUUAUUGGCAAAGGUGCAAUACAAGACUUGGAAACGGCGCAGCUCUUUUCAGCAGUCAAUCCUGGAGAAACCAGAUGUUCAAACUAAGCAUUUUGUUGUUGUUGGAUUGGAAGGAGUAGAGAUAAGAGAUGAGUUUUAUAAAAACGAGUGACUAGCGAAUAGGUUGUCUUUUGCUAUCUUGGAUGAGAACGACGAAGAAGCAACGACGACAGAGGAGCAAAGCAAGCCCUCAGCCACCAUUAUUUUUCACUCCAAAACUGCCUCAUUUUUAAAAAAUCUGAGCGAGAUCCAUAUCUCGGUCCUCACAAAGCUUAAACGUAGAACAAGUUUUGUAAUGAAUAUGUCGGUGUAAGGUUGGUUUUUUAAUUUCUGUUUGGAAAAAAGUGCAAUUUAUGCCUAGGUUUAAAAGAACUUGAAAACUAUUAGCACCCAGGAAAUCGACGUAAAAAUGUUUACAGCAAACAACAGCUCUUGUUGUGUGUGUGUGUGUGUGUACUUUUAAAAAGUACAUUGAGAUUUGGAUGUAGUUUUAACUAUCAGUUUGCUCUCCUGCUGCUGCCUUUGCAUUCCACGUAUUUGCUAAAUGUUAAAAGAGCAUAUGGGCGAUGGGAGAACGAGGCUGGAUUUUUAUUUUUAUUUUAAAAGGCAACAUUAGGGUUGUGAAAACAGCAGGCUUGCCUCUCCUAAAGUGAAGGAAGCAAAUGGAAUGUGCGAUGCGGUACUAGAAUUUUAAUCCCGAUAUAAUUCAUUACUCUUACAUUGAGGAUUCAGUCGUAAUUAAGCCAUAUACACAGAUUAAAUUAACAGAAGCAUUUCAAAUAAACGUUAGUUUCAGUCAUCAACUACCCAUGAAUUCCUGCCCAAGGAUACUUAAUCAGGAUUAAAUUUUCUAUGAAUAAUUGAGAAACAAAAUACUCACUGGAUUUGUUAUAAUCCAUGUUGGCAUAGGGUUCUAAGUAGUUGCCAUCUACCACUCGUCGUAAUAGAACCGUGCUUUCAAAUGAUGCCUAACGCUCAUAUGGCUGUUGUAAAUGUGUAGUUUAUUGAAGUGCCUAUUUAUUGACCAA